UUCUCACGUUUAUACAUAUAACAUAGCCCACCAUCGAUGUAUGAUCUUCAAGCAUUUAAAUAACGUAGUUGUUCCAUACGAAUUGAAGGUGUGUCUUUCUUUCUUGAUUUCUACGACAGAAUUGGAAAGUGGAGUAAAUAUGAGGUUGAGCUGCAAUGGUUGUCGAGUUCUGAGAAAAGGGUGUAGUGAAGACUGCAUCAUACGCCCUUGCCUUGAGUGGAUAAAGAACCCCCAGUCCCAGGCUAACGCCACCGUGUUCCUCGCCAAGUUCUACGGCCGCGCUGGCCUCCUUAACCUCAUCAACGCCGGCCCCCUAAACCUCCGUCCUGCAAUCUUUAGAUCAUUGUUGUACGAGGCAUGCGGGAGAAUUGUGAACCCGAUAUACGGGUCGGUCGGGUUGCUAUGGUCCGGGAACUGGCAGCUCUGUCAGAACGCGGUUCAGGCGGUUCUGAAAGGAGACCCGGUGGUGCCCAUAACAUCGGCGACGACUAACAACGAGCCUCCGUUGAAGUUUUGCGAUAUCCGGCACGUGAACAAGGACGAGAAUUGCGCGGUGUCCACGGAUCUUCACCGGGUUAGGACCCGGUGCCUGUUCAAGAAGUCCAGGAAUACUCGGGUCCGGGUCGGGUUCAGCGACGAGGAGGGUAACAGGUCGACGACGAGCCAUGAGUCUUCGCUGAGCCACCAAUCGCAUAUGGAGCCGAAUUUGGAAGAGGCAAGCCGCGAGGUUGAGAGCUCAGCCAUGGCCGCCGCCGAGUCGAGCAGGAAGGAAGGGCAAGCCGAAGCUGGCGAUGGUGAAAUUGAGCUGGAGCUCACCCUUGGCCGGCCUCGCGCCGUCUCAACGGAGAAUUGAAGCUGUUGGCUCGGCUUAAUUGCUUGGAUCGAUGAGGAAAGUAUGUACACUGUACAGAAGACCUGGGCAUUUGAUUAUUAUGCAAAGAAAAUGCUCUUUUCAAAAAUUUUGUUUGACGUAGCUAAGGUAGAUAUAACAACAUAAUCAUCCGCAACAUAGUACGUCAAAUGUUAUUUUUAGUGUUAAGAGCAGCUCUUUUAUUUUUCAAUGCUUAAUAAUCAAUUGUAGUUCAAUUUUGUAUAAUUAAUUUCCUCUUUUCUUUUUCGCCUUCA